ACAGUAUUCCAAUUUAAAUCAGGGAUACCCUUUCCACUGCGUACGCCCUUGUUCGUGCAUAUACAAUUCUCUCGCGGCUAACGACUUAUCCAGGCUAAUGUUUGGCAAAUCAAUGAUCAUAUGCAAAAUCAAUCUGCGGCUUAUUUUGCGCACUAUAAAAGAUCUUGGCCAGGUUGCUCAGAAUCACAGUUCAUCAACAACAGAGCUUUCAAGCAGACUCAAAAUAGGCGAAAGGCGUUAAUUCGUUAGAAAUAUACAUAUUGCGAGAUUUUACAUACAAUAUUAACCAUGCCAAAAUUCUUGAUAGUCUGUCUUUGUCUGACUGCGCUGAUUUUUUUGCUGUCCCCAACUAAGGCGGCUCCUGGAGAGACCUUGGUGACCAAAGCUUCGGAAGAUGACCUGUCCACAGCAGAUACUAUUGGGAUUGGGUACUACUCUCCAUCGUAUUACAGUCCAUAUUAUGGAGGCGGAGGCUAUGGCGGAUAUGGAUAUGGCGGAUAUGGUGGAUAUGGAUAUCGCUAUGGUGGCUACCGAGGUUACGGACGCUCCUAUCGUCGCCACAUUUAUCCUGUCUGGGGUUGAUCAAAUGUGGAAAACCAAGCAAUAUAACCGUUUACAGUAUCUUAUAAACGUACAUAUAUGUACAAGUCUAGUACGUUUCCCUUAUACAUGAGUACUAACAACCAAAUAUUUAAAUAUAUUAUAUCAAGCAAGAUACAAAUAUA